AUGAAUAGAAGAAAGAGUCCAAUCUAUAAAUCACCAGGAUUAAGUCCAAAUAUUAAACCUGGGUUAUUUUCUAAUCCAUCAGAGUUGAAUAAAUUGAAUAAAUAGAAAACUGUGAAAGUUGAUGAAUCUUAAUCACCUGUAUUGAAAGAGAGUAAAGAAACAAAAAUUCCUCCUAAACUACAAAAGAGUUAUAGGUUUUGAUUACAUAUUAUAUAGUAGUGCCACUAAAUUAUUCAGCAAUAAUAUUAAAGUGGCAAAAUAAUAACCUGAAGAGAAGGAUGAUAAAAUAAUGGAAACUCUAUAGAAAUUAUUAAAGGAAUUAAUGGAAUUCAAUGAAAAUAUUGAUUAAAGCCAAGUAACUAAUAUUGAAGAAUGGUGUUGUGAAAUCUUAGAGAAAUUAAAUUAGAUUAAAGCAAAUAUAGAAAGUAAUGAGAGUUUGAUAUUUUAGGAAAGGAAGAUCAUUCAGCUUGUGAUGCUAUGAUGUAAUAGUAAUAUUGUUAAUUUAUAUAGAUAGAGAAAUAUUGACAAAGUUAUUGAAAGAACUUCAGGAGGAAAAGAAAGAACGAUAUAGAAUUGAAGAGGAAGCCACAAAUAUUAUUACAGAAUAAGAGAUUGAAAUAAAUCGUUUAGAGAAAGAGUUAAGAUUAUUGGAAGAGAAACACUAAUUAUAAUGA